CAUCAGGCCACGGUCUCCAACAGGGGGCGCCAGUGAACGGACACGAGGCGCCGGAUAAACCGAAAGAUGAAGAUAUACAUAUAUCCGAUUUUAAACUUACAGAUAAACAGAAAAUGGCCAAAGAAACGUUUGCAAGAAGGCAAGGUGGACCAAUCAGACGCGUUGUACAGCCUAGAAUAGUUGGCCAUGACAGUAAGGGUAGUACUACCUCCAGUACAGGAGAGCUGAAAUCCCAGCAGCCUCAGCUAGGGCAGGCCAAUGAUCAAGUUCUUACAGCUGCUGCAGCUGCCAGUGCUGCUGUUGCUGCUACUCAACCAUUCUUAAAGGCCCAGCAAGAUAUGGAAUUAAAGAUGGCUGAAGUGUUGGCUCGGAUAAAUGAGUUACAGAGUGGCGGAUCAACACAGAAAGCAACGAUGUCUCAGACAGAUCAGGAUCGUGUACGUCAACUGGAGAAACAAAUAGCUGAUAUGACUGACAAAAGAAUAGAGUAUAUGGAGAGAUUGCAAGAACAACAAAUGGCCAUGCAGGCAAAACUGCUUUCCAUGACGAGGGAAACAAAUGGUAGACCAUAUCAGCCAAGGUCAUACAGUCCUGAGUCUCGUUUCUCAUCUGCACCUAAUAAGGCUUUCUCCAAGACAACUGUUACCAGGCAACCACCAAAUGUUGGAGAUUAUUCAAAACACAGUGCCCAUGACCUUGAAGAGUCAGCCUCACCUUUGGAUACUCCUGCACCUAGAGCAAGGGCACCAAGACCUACCAUCUAUGAUACAUCGGAUAUAGAAUAUAGGGUUGGAAGGGCAAGGUCACCAAAAGCAAGGUCGCCAAAGGCAAGGUCACCAAAGGCAAGGUCACCAAAAGCAAGAUCUCCAAAACCUAGAUCAAGGUCACCAGUAAAGGAGAAAUUAGAUCGUGGAAUAUUACAUCAAAUAUUGGCGUCUGCUGACUCCCCAGCUAGAGAUAACUAUGGCAUUUGUAGACCCCCAGCACAGCAUGAAAGAAUUCCAGAUGUAUGUGAGUCACCAAAUGUUAAAAAGGCCAAAGAUCUAAUCCAAGAUUUGUCCCAUAUCAAAGACCAGGUGAAAGAUUUGGUAGAGGAGAAGGAAAACUGGAAGAUCAUCACCAAGGAUAAUAGUAUUCUAGUUCAACCAGAAGUGGGUAAGCCUGAUAUAAGUCAUUCCAGUCAUCUGGGUCCUUCACCCUUGGACAGCUAUCUGCGAUUACCAGAACAGAGUGCAAGUUCCCCGUACAAGUCUGUGCCAGAUUUAUCCUUCAAUAAGAUAAACGCACCAGUCCUGCCCGGCUUCCGAGAUGCUGAAAAUAUAUUACAGCAGGUGCAAAAGAACCGAGGGUACUUAGAGUCGAACUUCGAGGCAGUCAUGCGCGCCAGACAAGAAGUUGAGGUAUACAGCAUGCUCGAAGCUGUAUACAAUGACAGUACUGACCAAGAGAAAGUGAGAAUACAGAAAAUGGUGGACAAAUCUAUACAACGGUUAAGAAGGGAGGUUGAGCGCGAGGUCACAGAUGAUAUGGUGAUAUCGGAGAUCAAGAAAAAAGGGGCAACUACUGUUCCAGGGGCCGUAAAAAUGCCAGAGCCUGUGGCCGCCCCGAAACAGGGUCAGAAAUAUGGUAUUAGAGGAAGGCUACAACCAAAAGUGGAACCUAAAGUGGAACCAAAGAAAACGGUAGCAAAGAAACCGGCCAAAGAGGCUGUUCAUAAGUUCUAUAGGCCGCCUCCAAAGAGAAAGUCAGUGUUUGAGGAUGAAGAAGCCAUGACAAGGAUCUACGGGAAAGCUUCCUACCAGAAAGGACGGACAACGGUGAAAGACCCAUACCUUCACUACCAGAACACAGCAAAACAGAAACCUUCCAGACCCGCAGGUUAUGCUGAAGUGAAAGGUACAGAAAUGAUGUCGUCAAAGACUCAAACAGCAAGUGGUGGUGUAAGGCAGUUCUACUUUAACCCUGCCACAGGAACGUAUAUACCCAUAGCAUCCAGUGCCGCUGCAGCACCCAUACCUGGUCAGUUGAUUCCCAUGGCAGUACCUCUAGGAGGUCCAAGGAUGGAUGUUGGUCUAACAGUGCCUUCCAGUAUGACCUCUACACCUGGCCCAGUGACCUUUAACCCUAUAUCUCAGGUGACAGCAGACGGCAAUGUUUCCAUGGUUUCUAUGGGAAUGGUGGAUGAGGAUAAGAAGAAUAGACCGGAACUAGGAAAACAGGUAUUGCCUGCGGUAGAUAUUGACACAGAUAUUUCUGAACUAUCAGAGAUCAUGGAGGAAGGACCCAUCUCCCCAGUCAGGUCAAGGACACCGGAAUCGAAAUCUAAGAAGCACGUUCAUAUUGUCUCGCCCCGUGGCACGCCCAACAAGACACCGGGAAAAUCGCCAAACAAGCCGCAUUAUGAAGUUGUAUACCACGAGGAACCAGGCUCAGAUGAAGGAGAGAAAGUAGAGGAAGAAGAAAGCAUCACAAUAUCUCAACCUGCUAUCACUCAUUCUAGCAAUAAUCAAAAUCAUAGUGUAAGCUCUAUGUAUCCUGUCCUUCCAUCUGUCUGUGUGUGGUUGUGUACCAGUAAAAACCAAAGUCCUGAAGAACAAUAUAAUGGACCUGCAUUCCCGCCAAAAUUGCCGUCUGCUGAUAGGCAGUUGACCUCUGACCUUAUAGCAGAAGAUAUAAGAAGAAGAGAUCUUCUUCAAAACAAAGCCACUGAAUGGAUAGAGCAAGAGUUGAUGGCCAGGAUUAUUACUGAGGUUUACCCGCUCAGAGACAUAGAGGAGCCUCAUGACCUCAGCCAUGUUGUGUCAGAGGCAUCCGAGGACAGUAUGGCAGAAGAGAAGGAAAAAUCUAUGUUUGUUAUGGACACUAUUGGACAUAGAGGGAUGCAGCUAUUUAUAGAUGCUGGUUAUCCAGUAGAUAACAGCCUGGUUAACAAGCUGGUAGAAGAGGUCUUGCAAGAGAAGGUGCGAACCAUGCUUGGGCAGAGACCAGAUGCUGAGGAUCAAACCCAGGUCAGGGGACAUCCUAAGGUCACUCAAGAUGGUCCUGAAUGGGAAGAACCCGUUUCAGAAGGAAUAGAAGAACCAUCUGUGCACCAGGAUUAUAUUUAUACACCGGAACCAACCCCACGGGCAACUCCCAUGUCAUCUCCACCUAGACGGCAUUCACCGGCCCCGACACCCAUUGCCUCACCCCCUGUAACCCCAAGGAUGGCACAGGAAGUGAUUGAACCCGUAGAGCCACCAGUGCCAGUGGUCCAGCAACCUAUCGUACAAUAUGUGGAACCAGAAUCUGAGCCAGAAAGUUCCGCCUCCUAUGAUAUAAAGGAGGAGUUAGAUAGACUUGCUGGAAAACUACAGCCAGAUUUAAGCAUUGGUGCCAGUAUUCAGUCCAGACAUGAAAUAGCCACGCCACCGGAAUCGCCCAAACCUGAACCAGAACCCAUACUGCCAGCGCGGCCCCUAACACCUCCACAACUCUCCCCUAGAUCUAUACAUGAGGAACCUUUCAUGAUAUCACAGAAUGUUGUGCCAGCUGGUGCCAGUAUGGAUCAAACUCCAUCUAGAAUCUCAAAGACUAAAACAGAGUCACCAAAGUCGGCCACAUCACCCCAAGUUACAGAGUUGGCAGAGGAGGAGCUAGCUGAAGAUCAGCCUAAAGCUGUUGUAUUUACUGUUGCCGAGACUCAGACAGACAAGGUAGAGGAGCAGAAGCCCAGGACCCGGUCACCGUCGCCAGCCAAGCCGAAAAGCCGGUCACCAUCUGAGUCUAGUUACACAGAAUCAUCAUCUAUAUCAGAUACUUUCAAUGAAUGUGUGUCAGAGGGCCAGUGGCUUAUCAACAAGAGUGAUGGUGAAGUGGCUGAUUUCCCUAUUGAUGAAGUUGCUGUAAGGGACAGAAUGUUACGUAUGUCACAUAGAAGAGUUGAUGUAAGCUCGGCUAGUACAUGGAAAGAUACUGAUGAUGUUGAUUUGGAAGAAGCGGACAUGUCCCGUAGUGAGGGAGAGUUUCUGUACCGGACCGAAUUUCCACCGGAGAAAGAUCCGGUGUUAGACAUGCUGGCACGGCUACAGAGUGCAGCCCCGCAAUACGGAAUGUAUCAGAUGUCAAACAAACAGGUGACAGAUGUUCUUGGAGCAACAGGUAAAAGUGAGGGAGAGGUGAUCCGAGUUGUUCCAGCCAGCGAGAGACAAUACAUACCUGAACGAGAUGUAUCGCAGCCGUCCCCAAAACGUAGCAAAUCUCCACGAACUAGGUCACCACAAGGUGGCGCUUCAUACAAGAGAGGUUCUUCACCAACAGGAGGGGCUUCUUACAAGAGAGGAGCAUCUCCACCAGGAGGAGCCUCCUACCAGAGAAGUGCGUCUCCACCGGGACGUGGUGGACAUUCUAAAAAACAGUCACAAGUUUUUAGGACACAGUCUCCCACCCGUGUAUCAUUUGAAGGGGACUUUAAUGACCAGCAGAGAUCUGUAAGUCCCACCAGAGGCAUUCUGAAACGCAGCUCCUCAUUUGAUAAUAAUUAUCAAGGUCAACCAAUGAGAAGAGAGGAUACUGAUGUUCCAGUGAGGGAUUCUGGGAGGUCACACACACCAACAGGAAGGUUAACACAAGGUGGCAGGCAACCACAAGGCAGAGGCAUGAUUGGUGCAGGAGCAAGAACAGCAUCUCCAGGAGGAAAAUCAUCAAUGCGUAGGCCUCCACAAGUGAUUAAAUCAUCUACUAUGCCAGAAACAAGGAGUUCUGGUGCCCGGCUGGUUAAUGCGAGAACAAGUUCUGAGGACUACAGGGACUCCUUUGAUAACACAGGAGGUCAGAGUUACUAUGGAAGUGACUAUGGCACCAGAAAUAUGACACCAGACCAGAUGAAUGUGGAUGCUCUCAUCCAAUCAGGAUACUUGUCUCAAAGUUUCAGCCAAUCAGAGAAUGGUGGCAGGCAAACCGGCCAAUCAUCUUUGAAAAGUUCUGGUGAUGUGCGUCUCAGUCGAGCAUCAGCUAGCGGUCGGUCGCUCGGUUAUUCUUACGGUACAGAGGGGUCCAUCAGCAUGUCGGAGCUUCAAAGGUUGGCAACAGACGGUACAGGAAAGUUGCAGAUGUCACUAACUAUACCAGGGACCGACCUGGAAGAGAGCGACCUGUCUGAGAUAGAUAUAACUGAUGGAGGAAAUAGAAGAUAGACUUUAAAUUAACAAUGAUCAUAAUUUGAGAUUGUAGAGUAAUCUCAUUCUUAGCUGUCUUCGGUUGAUUUUUAGGUUAUAUCUAAAUUUAUUUACUUUUGCUAUAUUAAUUAUGAUGAAAAACUUGACUUUUU